AAAAAAAAAAAAAAAAAAAAAGAAAAUAGAGAGAGAAAGUGAAAUUUGAAAGUGAAAGAGAAAGAGAGAGAAUCCUAGGCCACCCCCCUCCCUCUGUUCUCCUUUUCAGUUUUUCAAAACAGUUACUUUAAUUCAAUCAGACAACCUUCUAUUAUAAUCCACAUAUAUAUACACAUAGACUCCCCAACCUUCUCUGUUUUUUUUAUGUGUCUUACAAUUACAUACCAAAACCAAAACAGAGGAGUUUAUAAAGAGAGAGAAACAGAGAUGAUGAAGCUGUUCUGACUCAACAACAAUCAAUCAAGUUCUUGUUUUGAAUCAAAAACCCAUUUCGAUUCUGUUCUUGUUUGCGUAUAUGAUGGCGAUUGAAGCACAGUUGUAUCCAGAUAAUUUUGGGUUUCCUUUGGGUGUUUCACAGAAUUUGAUGGAGAGUGGUUAUGGAUUCAAUGAGCUCUGUUUCAAUUUUCCUCAGAAUCUACAGCAGAAAACACAAAACCAGUGUUUUGACAACAAUGGGUUGCUUUCGAAAAACAACAAUCAUCAAUCAAUGCCUUUUUCUCAGAGCAUUGCGGUUCAGAUUGAGAAGCAGAGACAAGAGAUUGAUCGAGUUAUCAGCUUACAGAAUGAGAGAUUGAGAUUGACUUUGCAAGAGCAGAGAAAGCAACAAAUUGCAUUAAUUCUGAGGAAAUACGAAGUCAAGACACUGGUUUUACUGAAUCAAAAAGACGAAGAAAUAGCAAAAGCCAUGAACAGAGCAAUGGAGCUUGAAGAUUUCUUGAGAAGAAUGGAGAUCGAGAACCAAACAUGGCAGAGAGUGGCCAAAGAAAACGAAGCCAUGGUAGUAUCUCUGAACAACACAAUCAAACAGCUCAGAGAAAACGCGUGUUUGGUCGAUGGGAUUGAAGAUGCAGAGUCUUGCUGUGAUGUGAUGAUUUACAGAGGAGACAACGAAACAGGGGAAAACAGAGGAUACGAGAAAAAUCAGCAAGAAAAUGAAGAACAGGGUACGAGAAAGAUGGUUUGCAAAAGCUGCAAUUCUCGGAAUUCGUGUGUGAUUUUCCUACCCUGUAGGCAUCUCUGUUCAUGCAAAGCUUGCCAAGCUUUUUUGGAUUCUUGCCCAGUUUGUGGGAUGGCAAAGAAAGCUAGCAUUGAGGCUCUGAUUUGAUUUUCUGAGAAAAAUCAUAUAUUUUCCGGGAAACGUGAAAGAAAAUGUUUGGAUC